AUGGUGAACAGAAUACUGGUGACUAGCCAGGUUGGGCUUGAUAAAUUGCAAUUGUUGGAGGACGUCUCGCUAAUAGGCGAUGUAAAUAGUCUGGAGGAUGGUACUCAGAGCGGAAUCAUUGUGGAAAACGUUGCUAUAGAGACAAAGUACUACAAGUCGAAGGUGUCGAUCUUUGUGGACGAGUACCAAUCUAGCAAGGAAUGGUUUGACGAGCUGAAAAGUACAGAGGCCCGUGAAUUACGAGACGAGCUCCAGGGGAUCGUGGUCUGUAUCGACUGUCAACAAACUACAGAAAAAGAGCUGCAAUCGUUGUCUGAAUUGCUGGAGAGUCUGGCUCUUCAAUUGGACGACGAGUACACCGAACACAACGAAGAACUCCAAUGGGACGGGUUCAAGAUCGUGGUUGGACUCAAUGGCGAGCUGUCCAACGUUCCAUACGAAGAUAUAUUCAUCACGUCUGGAGCUGAGUACAUACCGUUCGACCCAGAUCUCAUACGACAAACUAUAGAAAGCCAUCCAUGGAGAACGCACCAGAAACAAACGCCAGCUAAACCAGUCGAGUCCAAUGCUGAUCUCACCACGCCCCUACUGAAUCAUUCGGAAAAAGAGCUUGAUUUUGCGGAUGUACUGAAGAAACUCCAAGCAGCCCGGCUGGAUGCCUCAAAACUGCCCCAAGACGAACGAGAGUCCUUUGCAGAGCAGUUCGCCAACGAAGUACUGAAAAACCUUGACAAAUAG